CUAAUACAAUAUAAACUCUUAUGAACAUAUGAAAGCUGUUAGCAAACAUUGGAAUAUUUACACAAUUGCGCGCCGGCCUUUACCUGCGUUUACACUUCACUCACCUUAAAUAUGAACAGCAAUUAUCAUGAUAUCCAAAACUACAACUACACGUGCAUAGAAAAGUAUGCUGCAGACUUUUGGCGAUUCACAGUUGGAGCAGCACUGAACUUUGUGCGGCUUUACGAUAACACCAAAGCGCACCGACUAAACGUGAACAAGCCAGCGAUGUAUCAAUGUCAUAUUAACCAAAUAAGCCCUAUGCCUUGGACCUUAUUAUUAUUUUUGCAGUAUCAAGUUGGCGGCGAACCCAAACAGAUGCCAAAACCAUGAAAAUUAUAUACAUAACUUUGCUGCUUUUUGAAUUGCUGCACCAGCAGCAGGCGGAGACAUCGCGAAGUCUGACGAGUUUGACGGAUUAUUUGGAGCAUAACGAUUUGGCUGCUUCGGGCAAUACGAAACAAUGCUUUGCCAGCUAUUUGCCAAAGCUGGAACAGGUGGGCAGUGUCUGGUCAACGGCAUACAGUGACUGCCAACAGCAGGCGGCAACAGGACGUGAUACGCUAUUCAGCCAGCUGGAUGGCGUGCAGCUGCAGAUACGUAACGCAGCAUUGCGCAUAGACAGCUACAUUGGCAACUGCUUGAACAUCACGAAUGUGCUGGAUUACUUUGAGUGCUUUGCCAAGCUGUCCAAACAGCAGCUCUUGACGAUGUAUAACAUCUCGUUUAAUGCCUCGGAAAAUGCUCUGAGUAUUACUCAGCAGCUGAAUGGCAUUGACGAGCAGCGUUAUCUCUGCACGAAUCGCACGGAGCGUAGCUAUGUCCUGGGCACAGCGCAGAUACUAGAUGCACUGGACCAAUGUCUGCAGGAUGCUGCGAAGGUGGCCUAGACCACAGAUGAAAGUCUCUUUCAAAAUGCUUUACUAAUAUCUAUAUUCGGUUUUGAUGCUUCCAUAUAUAUAUUUAUGUAUAUUGAUCGAUC